AAUAGAACCCAGUGUGCAGUGGUGGCAGGUCCUGACGUUUUUCCAGAUCCAUGUCCGGGAACUUAUAAAUACCUUGAAGUGCAGUAUGAAUGUGUCCCUUACAAAGUGGAACAAAAAGUUUUUCUUUGCCCUGGACUACUAAAAGGAGUGUACCAGAGUGAACACUUGUUUGAGUCUGACCACCAAUCUGGGGCAUGGUGCAAAGACCCUCUACAGGCUUCUGACAAGAUUUAUUAUAUGCCCUGGACCCCCUACAGAACGGAUACCCUGACAGAGUACUCAUCCAAGGAUGACUUCAUUGCUGGAAGACCAACAACAACCUACAAGCUCCCUCACAGGGUGGAUGGCACAGGAUUUGUAGUCUAUGAUGGAGCUUUGUUCUUCAACAAAGAACGCACCAGGAACAUAGUAAAGUUUGAUUUGCGGACUAGGAUAAAGAGUGGGGAGGCCAUCAUAGCAAAUGCCAAUUAUCAUGAUACCUCACCUUACCGAUGGGGAGGCAAAUCUGACAUAGACCUGGCGGUGGAUGAGAACGGCCUAUGGGUAAUCUAUGCAACAGAACAAAACAAUGGUAAAAUUGUCAUUAGCCAACUGAACCCGUAUACCCUACGGAUCGAAGGGACAUGGGAUACUGCCUAUGAUAAACGGUCAGCUUCCAACGCAUUUAUGAUUUGUGGGAUUUUGUAUGUGGUCAAAUCUGUAUAUGAGGAUGAUGACAAUGAGGCCACAGGGAAUAAGAUUGACUAUAUUUACAACACCGACCAGAGUAAGGAUAGUUUGGUGGAUGUACCCUUUCCCAACUCAUACCAGUACAUCGCAGCAGUGGAUUACAACCCCAGGGACAACCUACUUUAUGUGUGGAACAACUACCAUGUUGUGAAGUAUUCGUUGGACUUUGGGCCUCUGGAUAGUAGAUCAGGACAGGCACAUCAUGGACAGGUAUCCUACAUCUCUCCACCAAUUCACCUUGACUCUGAACUAGAAAGACCACCAAUUAGAGAAAUCUCUACCACAGGAUCUCUUGGUUUGGGAAGCACCACCACCAGUACAACCCUUAGAACCACAGCUUGGAGCCCAGGGAGGAGUACCACGCCAUCAGUGCCCGGAAGGAAAAACAGGAGUACCAGCACCCCAUCUCCAGCUGUCGACGUGCUUGAUGACAUUGCCACACAUCUUCCAUCAGCAGCAUCACAAAUCCCAGCUCUUGAAGAGAGCUGUGAGGCUGUGGAGGCCCGAGAAAUCAUGUGGUUUAAGACGCGGCAAGGACAGAUGGCCAAGCAGCCAUGUCCUGCAGGAACUAUAGGUGUAUCAACUUAUUUAUGCCUUGCUCCUGAUGGAAUUUGGGAUCCCCAAGGACCAGAUCUCAGCAACUGUUCUUCUCCUUGGGUCAAUCAUAUAACACAGAAGUUGAAAUCUGGAGAGACAGCUGCCAACAUUGCUAGAGAACUUGCUGAACAGACAAGAAAUCAUUUGAAUGCUGGAGACAUCACCUACUCAGUUCGUGCCAUGGAUCAGUUAGUUGGCCUCCUAGAUGUACAGCUCCGGAACUUGACCCCAGGAGGAAAAGACAGUGCUGCACGCAGCUUGAACAAGGCAAUGGUCGAGACAGUUAACAACCUCCUCCAGCCACAAGCGUUGAGUGCAUGGAGAGACCUGACUACAAGUGAUCAACUACGUGCAGCCACCAUGUUGCUUGACACUGUGGAGGAAAGUGCUUUUGUGCUGGCUGAUAACCUUUUGAAGACAGACAUUGUCAGAGAAAACACAGACAAUAUUCAAUUGGAAGUUGCAAGGCUGAGCACAGAAGGAAAUUUAGAAGACCUAAAAUUUCCUGAAAACACAGGCCAUGGAAGCACUAUACAGCUUUCUGCAAAUACUUUAAAACAAAAUGGCCGUAACGGAGAGAUCAGGGUGGCCUUUGUCCUAUAUAACAACUUGGGUCCUUAUUUGUCCACGGAGAAUGCCAGUAUGAAGUUGGGAACUGAGGCUAUGUCCACAAAUCAUUCUGUUAUUGUCAAUUCCCCUGUUAUUACAGCAGCAAUAAACAAGGAGUUCAGUAAUAAGGUUUAUUUGGCAGAUCCUGUUGUAUUUACUGUGAAGCAUAUCAAGCAAUCAGAGGAAAAUUUCAACCCUAACUGUUCAUUUUGGAGCUAUUCCAAGCGUACAAUGACAGGUUAUUGGUCAACACAAGGCUGUCGACUUCUGACAACAAAUAAGACACACACUACAUGUUCUUGUAACCACCUAACAAAUUUUGCUGUAUUGAUGGCACAUGUGGAAGUUAAGCACGGUGACGCAGUCCAUGACCUCCUUCUGGAUGUGAUCACAUGGGUUGGAAUUUUGCUGUCCCUUGUUUGUCUGCUGAUAUGCAUCUUCACGUUUUGCUUUUUCCGCGGGCUCCAGAGUGACCGUAACACCAUCCACAAGAACCUUUGCAUCAGCCUCUUUGUAGCAGAGCUGCUUUUCCUGAUAGGGAUCAACCGAACUGACCAACCAAUUGCCUGUGCAGUUUUUGCUGCUCUCUUACAUUUCUUCUUCUUGGCUGCUUUCACGUGGAUGUUCCUGGAGGGAGUGCAGCUGUAUAUCAUGCUGGUGGAGGUUUUUGAGAGUGAACAUUCACGUAGGAAAUACUUCUAUCUGGUUGGCUACGGGAUGCCUGCGCUCAUUGUAGCAGUGUCAGCUGCUGUAGACUACAGGAGUUAUGGAACAGAUAAAGUAUGUUGGCUCCGACUUGACACCUACUUCAUUUGGAGUUUUAUAGGACCAGCAACCUUGAUAAUUAUGCUUAAUGUAAUCUUCCUUGGGAUUGCUUUAUAUAAAAUGUUUCAUCAUACUGCCAUACUGAAACCUGAAUCAGGCUGUCUCGAUAAUAUCAAGUCAUGGGUUAUAGGUGCAAUAGCUCUUCUCUGCCUAUUAGGAUUGACCUGGGCCUUUGGACUCAUGUAUAUUAAUGAAAGCACAGUCAUCAUGGCGUAUCUCUUCACCAUUUUCAAUUCUCUACAGGGAAUGUUUAUAUUCAUUUUCCAUUGUGUCCUACAGAAGAAGGUACGAAAAGAAUUUGGAAAAUGCCUGAGAACACAUUGCUGUAGUGGCAAAAGUACAGAGAGUUCCAUUGGCUCAGGGAAAACAUCUGGUUCUCGAACUCCUGGACGCUACUCCACAGGCUCACAGAGCCGAAUUCGUAGAAUGUGGAAUGACACGGUUCGAAAACAGUCAGAAUCUUCCUUUAUUACUGGAGAUAUAAACAGUUCAGCAUCACUUAACAGAGAGGGGCUUCUGAACAAUGCCAGGGAUACAAGUGUCAUGGAUACUCUACCACUGAAUGGUAACCAUGGCAAUAGUUACAGCAUUGCCAGCAGCGAAUACCUGAGCAACUGUGUGCAAAUCAUAGACCGUGGCUAUAACCAUAACGAGACCGCCCUAGAAAAAAAAAUUCUGAAGGAACUCACUUCCAAUUAUAUCCCUUCUUACCUGAACAACCAUGAGCGCCCCAGCGACCAGAACAGGAAUCUCAUGAACAAGCUGGUGAAUAACCUGGGCCGUGGCAGUGAAGAUGACACCAUUGUCCUGGAUGACGCCACAUCCUUUAACCACGAGGAGGGUUUGGGCCUGGAACUCAUUCAUGAGGAAUCUGAUGCGCCUUUGCUGCCCCCAAGAGUUUACUCCACAGAGAACCACCAGCCACACCAUUAUACCAGAAGGCGGAUCCCCCAAGACCACAGUGAGAGCUUUUUCCCUUUGCUAACCAACGAGCACACAGAAGAUCUCCAGUCACCCCAUAGGGACUCUCUCUACACCAGCAUGCCGGCACUGGCUGGUGUGUCUACAGCAGAGAGUGUUACCACCAGCACCCAGACCGAACCCCCAUCGGCCAAAAGUGGUGAUGCCGAAGAUGUUUACUACAAAAGCAUGCCAAAUCUAGGCUCCAGAAACCACGUCCAUCAGCUGCAUACUUAUUACCAGCUAGGUCGAGGCAGCAGUGAUGGAUUUAUAGUUCCUCCAAACAAAGAUGGGACCCCUCCAGAGGGAAGUUCAAGAGGACCUGCCCAUUUGGUCACUAGUCUAUAGAAGAUUACACAGAAAUGUAAAUCUACAAAAACCAUUAACAUCUGGUUAACUGUUCUUUGAGAUCAGCAGUGGUAAUAAUGUGUAUACUCCUAAAUCGUUAUGCUGUUCUCAAAACAAAAACACGAACUCUCAGACUUUUUCUUUUUCUUUUUUUUGUUAAACUGGGAUUUUUAGGCCAGCCCAGGGGAGAAGAAUAACUGCUGAAAUUCUCCUGUGCCCUAUCUUUUCCUGUUCUUUCCCCCUCAGAUGGAGACUUCAUUAUGUUAAUGAACGAGAUAUGAAGAAAAUGGCGCUCAUUGUGGCCUUGUUGAAUUAUGUUUGUUUUAACAUCUCUGAUGCUCUGUUACUAUAAUCACAAGGACCUAAUUU